AUGCUGUUCUGCACGGCCUGCGUGACGGUGACGGUGCUGAGCGGCGGCCGGCCGUCCUGCCUGCAGGGCCACGGAACCCUGCCGCCCCCGCCGCCCCCACCGCCCCCGCCGCCCCCGCCGCCCCCAUCGCUGCCCCCGGCCUCGCCCGGCUGCUCGUGCUCCCGCCGCGGCGACGGCUCGAACCCAGAGUCGGGCUGCGCGCUGGAGCGGCUGCGCGUGGUCGUCGUGGACGCCUCUUCCUCCUCCUCCUCGCCGCGGAAGAAGGCGUCUAGGGCCUCCCGCGCCUCCACCUCAGAGGCUGUGAAGACGGUCGCGGGCUCCUCCCGGAGCACCGCCGAGCCGAGACCGACAACGAAGACGCAGCCACCCCCUCGCUCGCCUGCUGCCUCCCAGCAGCCUGAUGCGGACGGCUCUGUUGCCCCAAACAGGCAGGGCACCGCCAGGGCUGAUGCGCUGCAGCAAACGCAGCCGCUGCCGACCGCCAACGCGUUUGCAGGCGCCAGAGUAGACGCCGUCCCAUUGGACGGCGACGCGCCUCUGGCACCGCCCCAGAACAAGCCGCCGCCCCCUCCGCUUAUCGUCGUCCAAUGGGACGGCGUCUGCAAGGAUUUCCAGCAAAAACUUGACAGGGUGGUUACGUCUUCUUCAACGUCACAGUGA